AUGGCCACUGUACGACGGUUACAACAAACUCUUUCGCACCUUGAGCUGCCAAAGGCUCCCCAACUGCUGUCGAUCGUCGAAGGUCCGACCCAGCCAGAACUACUAGACAUUACCCUCGGCGAGCUUCUCACCCUUCAGAGCCUGCAAUAUGGCGACUAUGAGUGUCUCGUCUUUCCUUGGACUGGCGCGCGCUGGACCUACGCCGAUCUCAAGGAUGAAGCGGACCGGGUGGCUCGCGGCCUGCUGGCUAUGGGCAUUCAAAGGGGCGAUCGGAUAGGAAUUAUGGCGGGUAAUUGCGAGCAGUACAUCUCGGUUUUCUUUGCCGCUGCUCGUGUCGGGGCGAUUCUGGUGGUGCUGAACAAUACAUAUACUCCGUCUGAGCUGUACUAUGCUCUCGGGCACACAGACUGUCGACUCCUGUUCCUGACUCCACACAUCGGCCGCCAUUCGCUCGAGGAGGUACUGGCCAAGUUAGGGCCUCGUCCAAAGGAGCAGGGAACCUCGUCGGCGUUGGAGGAAAUUGUCAUUUUACGAGGGCAAUACACCGGUUUCAACGCAUAUGAACACAUCAUCCAGCGCGGUCUACCGCUUCCCGGCCAUGCACUGCAGGACCGAGAAGCGGAGCUCCAUUCUACAGACGUCUGCAACCUGCAGUUCACCAGCGGAUCGACGGGCAAUCCCAAAGCCGCCAUGUUAACACAUCACAACCUAGUUAAUAAUUCCCGCUUCAUCGGCGAUCGAAUGAACCUCACCUCGUUCGACACCCUAUGUUGCCCGCCGCCGCUCUUCCACUGUUUCGGGCUCGUGCUGGGUAUGCUCGCUGUUGUCACCCACGGGUCAAAGAUCAUCUUCCCCAGCGAGACGUUCGAUCCGACUGCCGUGUUGCGUGCCAUCUCCGACGAGAAAUGUACCGCUCUGCACGGCGUACCGACCAUGUUCGAGGCCAUUCUGAGUCUUCCCAAACCCCCAAACUUUGAUUGUUCGAAUCUACGGACGGGAAUCAUCGCCGGUGCACCUGUUCCCCGGCCGCUCAUGAAGCGGUUGCUUGAGGAGUUGAACAUGACCGAGUAUACCAGCAGCUACGGCCUCACCGAAGCCUCACCCACCUGCUUCAACGCCCUGACAACCGACAGCAUCGAACGCCGCCUCACAACCGUCGGAAAGGUCAUGCCCCACGCCAAAGCCAAGAUCAUCGACACACAAGGCCACAUCGUCCCCGUCGGCCAGCGCGGCGAGCUCUGCAUUGCCGGAUACCAACUGACAAAGGGGUAUUGGAACAAUCCCGAGAAAACAGCCGAGGCGCUAGUCACCGACUCCAACGGCGUAACCUGGCUCAAGACAGGCGAUGAAGCCAUCUUCGAUGAGGAGGGCUACUGUACCAUCACCGGAAGAUUCAAGGACAUCAUCAUCAGAGAGCGACUAGCCGCACACCCAGCCGUGGAGGUAGCCUCCGUAAUCGGCAUCCCGGACCAGAAAUACGGUGAGGUCGAGCUCCGCGCUUGGACGCGGGAAACUCUGGGUCGGCACAAGGCGCCGCAGUAUUUCUUUGUGUUUGGCGAGGAGGGGGUCGACCGCACGAUUCCUGUGACGGGUAGCGGCAAGGUUCGAAAGGUGGAUUUACGCAAGAUUGCGGCGCGUGUUUUGGAGAGACGGUUGGCAAUGGCAAAGGAAAAAUAG